UUUCUUUUUAGCUGUAUAUGCUUUCUGAUGAAUGUUAUGCUAUUGCAACAGGGCGAUCCAUUAUACGUUAAGGUUAACAAGCUAUCAUCUACAAAGACACAACUUCCAUAUGACUAUUAUUACUUAAAUUACUGUAAGCCUGAGAAGAUUAUGAACAAUGCUGAAAAUUUGGGAGAGGUUCUUAGAGGUGAUCGCAUCGAGAAUUCAGUUUAUACUUUCAAUAUGAGAGAGGAGCAACCUUGCAAAGUAGCCUGCCGGAAAAAGCUUAAUGCUGAGCAAGCGAAGAACUUCAAGGAGAAAAUUGAUGAUGAAUACAGAGUAAACUUGAUUCUUGACAAUCUUCCAGUUGCUGUUCUUAGGCAAAGGAGGGAUAAUAGUCAAUCAAUCACUUAUGAACAUGGAUUUCGUGUCGGUUUCAAGGGAAAUUAUCAAGGGAGCAAUGAGGAGAAGUAUUUCAUACAUAACCACUUGAGCUUCCGUGUUAUGUAUCACAAAGAUUCUGAAACUGAUCUAGCCCGAAUAGUAGGAUUUGAGGUCUCACAAAACAGGUAUUUUUCUAUUAUUCAUUUGACCUUGUUGUCAACAUUUCAGACUUUACUUUUAUUGACAUUUCUAUUAGAGCAUAUAAUAUACUAGAUAUGAUA